UGCCGGCCGCCGCUCGGGUCGGGCGCGCGCCGCUCCGCCGGCCCGUGUUGCCUCACCGCCAGGUCGGCAGCUGUGCAGAGAGUGUGCACUCUGCGCAGGGCGGGACGGCGCCGCGGAGACGGGUGGGCUCACUCGUCAGCCGGCGGCGGCGGCGCCGACAUCAGCAUGGCCCCCUCACAGGUUGCGAUAGCUAUGCUAUUUUGCUUUGGUGUAGCUCACUCAACAUUUGGUGGCCACAAGGGGAAAGGAAAAGGAGGUCGUGUCACGCUGGCGGCGCCGUCCUUCUCGUACUACUACCCGGUGCAGGCGGCGUCCGUCUCGUACGCUGCGGCGGCUCCCCUCCAGUACGCGGCGACGGCGCCCGUGACCUACGCUGCACGGUCCUAUGCCCCGGCCCUGACGUACGCAGCGGCGGCGCCGGCGGUGGUCCAGGCAGCCCAGCCCGCCGUCAUUCAGUCGAGUCCACAGGUGGUGUACCAGCAGGCCCCACCUCAGCAGCAGGUAGUGUACCAGCAGGCCCAGCCGCAGGUGGUGGUCCAGCAGGCCCCGGCGCAGACAGUGUACCAGCAGGCCCCACCUCAGCAGCAGGUGGUGUACCAGCAGGCCCCACCUCAGCAGCAGGUGGUGUACCAGCAGGCCCCGGCGCAGCAGACAGUCACGGUGGUCCAGCAGUCGCCGCCGCAGACGGUCACGGUCCAGCAGGUGGCCCAGUCGCCGCCGCAGACGGUGACUCUGAACCAGCCACCGGUGACGGUCACCUCGCUACCCCAGACGGUCACCGUGCAGCCGCUGGCCAGCACCGUCACCGUGCGAGAGCCGGCCGUCACGGUGACGGUGGUGGAGCCGCCGCCGCGCGAGCCCGCCGCCGGGUACGGGGCGCCCGCGCGGGACCCCGCGCCGGCCGCACACUCGUACGGCAAGUGAACAGCAGUCCGAGCGGUCUGCAGAGCGCCCCGGUACCUACCUGGGACCGGCGAAGGACCCAGCGCCGGCGCGGCGGCACACGGGUACGGCAAGUGAACAGCGGUUGGCGCAGUCUCCGAGGGUCGAGUGACGAGGAAUGCGACAUCAUUGGGAAUCCAGUGUGUGCUUAAAUUCAGCGUAGUCGUGCGACAUCAUGUUCAUACACAUCCCUCUCCAGAAGUGUGGACAUGUCAGCCAGUGGUAGGGCGUGAUGUGAAUGUAUCUGGAUUCUAUGCAUGAUAUGAUGAUAUCAGCAACGGCACGCUGGUGAUACAAAAUAAAAUCGAGACAUUCCUCUCGCAUCACUCCACUCUUAUAACUUUAUGUCAAUAUAGGUAUAACGCCACGUUUUACCAA